UCGCGAGAGCGUCGUGUCCGCGGGCCUGCCGGAUUCCUGCUCGCUCUCCCUGUUUCAACUGCUGCUGCCGCUGCUGCUUCCGGCUCGAGGGGGACUCGCGGUGUAGAGUCAGCUGGGCAGGUGGCACGAGAGGGAGGCGGAGGCGGCGCGCGCGCAGGAGAGCAGGACUUGCCCUUUGACGCCCACUGAACGGAGAGAAAGCAAAGUCCUGCGCUGCUGAACCUGCCGCCAUGGGGAACAUUUUUGGCAACCUGCUGAAGAGUCUGAUUGGCAAGAAGGAGAUGCGCAUUCUUAUGGUGGGACUGGAUGCUGCUGGGAAGACCACGAUUCUCUACAAGCUCAAACUGGGAGAGAUUGUCACCACCAUCCCAACUAUUGGCUUCAACGUGGAAACGGUUGAGUACAAGAACAUCAGCUUCACUGUGUGGGAUGUGGGUGGCCAGGACAAGAUACGACCCCUGUGGCGGCACUACUUCCAGAACACCCAGGGUCUGAUCUUUGUGGUGGACAGCAAUGACCGGGAGCGAGUGAACGAGGCACGUGAGGAACUGAUGCGGAUGCUGGCGGAGGAUGAGCUGCGGGAUGCUGUUCUCCUUGUCUUUGCUAACAAGCAGGACCUCCCCAAUGCUAUGAAUGCAGCAGAAAUCACAGACAAGCUGGGCCUUCAUUCACUGCGCCACCGCAACUGGUACAUCCAGGCCACCUGCGCCACAAGUGGAGACGGCCUCUACGAGGGCUUGGAUUGGCUGGCCAACCAGUUGAAGAACAAGAAAUGAGUGUGUGUGGGGGGGAAUGGUGGUGGGCUAAGCCCCUCCUCUCUGUUCCAUUUUGGGUUGAUCCCCCCCUUCCCCCAGCCCCCCUUUCUUUCUUUCCCUGUCGGGUUUGCUUUUCCCUUGCCGGCACCGGUUGCUGUGGGGUUGGGAUUGGGUGGGUUGGGGUUAACUUUUGGUUUUCUCUCUCUUUCUCUUUUUUGGGUUCUGGCUCUGCCGGGAUUUUUUUGCACGGUCUCUGUGUGUGCGCGUGCGUGUGUGAUAAAUAUAUAUAUAGAGAUAAUAAAAUAUAUGGGCGUGACGGGAGGGAUUGGGGUAAGUGGGGAUUGGGCGCCGAUUCUGUGGCCUUUUUUUUCCCCUUAUUUUUUUUUUUUUACUUUCCUUUGGUCAAUUUUGUAUUUUCUUGGUGGUCUGUGAAAUUUGGCUCUCUGGCCAGAGGUGACCAGUACUCAGUGGCAGCUGCUUUCUUACUUUCCUGUGCUGUUAGUGUGGGUGGGGUAGGGACGCAAGCUGAUAAAGCCAGGAGGUGGAGGAAAUGCAUGUAUAGCCACAAUGUGUGCUGGUAAGCAGGGACUAAUGGAUUUUAGCAUGCUGCAAGAUUGGAGCCCCUCCAGAAUACAGGGCUGCAGAUUAGCAACUGGCUUCUUUUUUCCCUCCUGGGUUUCAGGUUUGUGAAGGGGGGGUGAACAAUACCAUUUCAUUCCAUCUCUCCCCCCCCCACACGUAAACUUUCCGUCCUCUUUAUUGGGCAGCACCCCCUGCUGGCAACACUUGAGAUUGCAAUACUGGAAGUUCUUGCUCUACUGUGAACUUCUUUAAUGAUGCAUGCUGUUAGCUAGUCUUUGCUGCUAAGAAACUGCAACCUUUACGUACUAGCCCUUAGACCAAAUGGCACUGGAGCUGUCUAUACCUCAUUUCUCCCGAGCCUCAUGCAUUCCUGUGUCUGUUCCCCGCCCCCCUUCCCACAGACCAACAUUAAUGGGCAUUGGUAUGGGCUGGUGCAGUAGAUUUGGGACCACUGCUCUCCAAAGCUGCCCAUUGCACACAUAGCAAAACAUUUCCCUUGCCAGCAUGCACCAUCUAUUGAAUGUGUGUGCGUGUAUACUCAUGCACAGUGGUAUCCUAGUAGCUAAAUACUUCCAUCAUAAGCUAUGUGCUGCUUCCUGUCCUGGGAAGCUUCAUGAGGGUUUAUUUUUUUCGGACCUACUAACUGCAUAGGUAUUUCAUCACUUCAGAUGUCACCCCAUUCUCUCAUUCCCCUGCCCCUUCAGCAUUCUCUGACUCUAGUAAGGUUAUUUUUUCCAUGUUUGCGGGAGUGGAGGGGUCUUCUUGCCCCCCUUAAUUAUUUUGGGGGAAGGAAAUGAUUGUAUUAGGUUCAAACCCAGGUCACUGCAUGUAACUCUCUGAUCUGCCUCUGGAUAGUGUUGAUGCUGUGUGCUCCCCUCCCCAUCUUGGCAAAUGUAUUUACUCCUUUCUUUCUCUCCCCCUCCCCCCACCCCAGGAACAAAAAAACUCCAGCUCCCUUUGCUUGGUGUAAAGUGAUUCCCCCGCCCCUUUCUGAUUUUGUCCAUUCUCUGGGCUUAACCCCCAGUAUGUGUGUUUCUUGGCCCCCUGAACAGUUGGAGGCACCACGACCUCUGUGCACCCCCCCCCCCAUUGGAUAUUAAACUUGUUUUAUGUA